GGUCUUCAAUGAUCAAGCAUUCGCGCAUAUUUUACUUGUUGCGUACAACGCGACACUCCUCAUAGUAACGCAAACCAUAUGGUGCCGGGGGCGAAACGACCCCUUCUCCGUGGCCCGAGUAAAGAUUUGUAAACACACUUGCCACGCCCUUGCUAACACGCUCAAGGGUUCUUGAAAUUCCUGUGCCAAGGGUAGCAUAUCCACACUCGGUCUUUAGGCUACUCUACGCUACGGCAUGAUCAUUCCUCUCUGGCAAGGAAACGGGAGUUUAUGAAAAUGUUGCUUCAGAAGCGGAAAGAAAUUGUCUACCCCUCCCUGUGCAGAUUUCAGCAGUAAGAUGAGCUGAAUUGCUGCCAAUACUGGAUUAUCCAUUUGGAAGUUUGUUGGGAUCUGCUGAGCAGUACCGUGGAGUGUGUCCCCCAUGUGCUAAAUGCUUUUCUGAGGCAGAGCGGUCUGACAUGAAGAAAGUAGCCCAGUGGUCAGUGGAGGAGGUCUCUCGCUGGCUGAUGGACGAAGGCAUGCAGGAGUAUUCUGAGCCCUUCCGGAACGUUGACGGCCACUCACUCCUGCAGCUCUCACAGACGGACUUCCAGAGGCCGCCCCUGUCGCUGGUGAGUUCGGACGGUGGGCAGCAGCUUCUGGAGCGCGUGGAGACGCUCCGCAUCGAGCACCACAUCGAGGCGCACAAGAACGGACAUGCUAACGGCGACGCCAUGCGGGACCUUGCCGACGACCUCAUCAUGGAUACAGGGAAUGGGAUCACCCCCGCCGGAGGGAGCAUGCCCGGGAAACGCAACGGGAUGGUCAAUGGCUACCACAAAGAUCUGGUCAAAAUCCCUAUGCCCGAGCCCACGCGCUCACAGUUCCCGACAGAGUGGGGCAAGACAGCAGUGGCUUUCUUCUACGCAAUCUGCUGCUUCGUAUCCACCACAGUCAUGAUCUCCGUCGUCCAUGAGCGCGUGCCGCCCAAGGAGGUGGACCCUCCACUGCCCGACAAGUUCUUUGACCUUUUUGACCGCGUGGAGUGGGCCUUUUCCAUUUGUGAGAUCAACGGCAUCAUCCUAGUGUGCCUGUGGCUGUUACAGUGGACCCUGUUGAAAUACAAAUCCAUUGUUGGCCGGCGUUUCUUCUUCAUCGUGGGCACGCUCUACCUGUACAGGUGUAUCACCAUGUACAUUACGACCCUUCCCGUGCCAGGAAUGCACUUCAGGUGUUCCCCAAAGUUGCUCGGGGACUGGGAGGCGCAGAUGAGGAGGGUGAUGAAGAUGAUAGCUGGCGGGGGCCUCACCAUCACCGGCUCCCACUCCAUGUGCGGCGACUACCUGUACAGUGGCCACACUGUAAUGCUCACGCUCACCUAUCUCUUCAUCAAAGAGUACUCUCCAAAGAGGUUCUGGUGGUACCACUGGGCCUGCUGGCUAAUGAGCGUGGUGGGAAUCUUCUGCAUCCUCCUGGCCCACGACCACUACACCAUAGACGUCGUGGUGGCCUACUUCAUCACCACGCGACUCUUCUGGUGGUACCACACCAUGGCCAACCAGCAGGUCCUGAAGGAGCCAUCACCAAGCAACUUCAUCUCACGAGCGUGGUGGUACCGGUUCUUCUACUACCUGGAGGAGAACAUCCAAGGCAUAAUCCCACGGAACUACCAGGUGCCUUACCUGUGGCGACCGUGGCAAUGGGGCCACGUGAAGUACACGAGAAUAGACUCUGAGUGAGCGAAUGACUUGAGCGACAGAACUGGCUGACCUUCCCAGUGACCUUUUCGUCUCUCAAGCUGCCACUGCAUUUUUUGGGCCCCAAUUUAACAAUAAAAGGGGUAACAAGUGAGUAGAGACUCAAAGGGAGACCUCAAGUGCCAGAUUCCCGUCACAAGAAGGUACCCAUGUGGAGUACCGCCACCACAACCACCUCUUCCUUACAAGCUCCCAGAAUCCCCCCCCCCCCCAUAUCGAACUGGUCAACACUGUGACUUAUCGUUAAAAACAUUUCAUUUAAGGUUGCAAAGCUAAGAGUGCUUCUUUUUAUGCCUACGUGCUUCUUGCCACGGGGCAAAGCUGUGCAGAAUUUGUCCCUCCUAAGUUUGUUUUGGGUAUGUGCUUAAUGGUUGUCCAGGCAACCGGUUAAAUUGUCCGUGCAUGAUUCAAGUCAAUGACCCACCCCACGCCAUGGUGGCCAGGACUUGGAAUGACUGCGAGGACAGACCUGGAAAAUGUGUCACAAGGUUGUUAUGCCACUUUUCCCUGAAUGUUGGGGUGAAGGAUGAAUGAACAAGUGAUCCUGAAGUGUGCUUUUCUGUUAAAAGAAAAACAAGUAAAACUGCAGUGGGAUAAAAUCAUGAAUCCACCAAAACACAACUAGGGAAAAUCUGGUGGAAGAUUUCUUUUUUUUUCUUUUGUAGUAGUAGCUUUCCUUAAGAAAUAUUGCCAAGGGGCAAAAAGAGAGAAAAAUGUUUUUCUAAGAAAUCUAAAACUUCAUUUAUUUUUCCAACUAAUGCUUUGUAUAUGGCAAACGGAUAUCGAGUGGUAUGUAUACAUUCCUCAGUGCCUUUUUAGACGUGACUGUACUAUCAGCUUGUAAGUCCAUGACAUUGUGUUUCAUAUUUCCUUGCAAUGUAUAACGACGAUGUAAUGCCGUAAGGCAUCAGUGUUGUCGUCUUUCUGUUUCUUUUUGUUUGUUUGUUUGCUUUUUUUUUUAACCUGAGAACCUGAGGUCCAGCAGGUUGCCUGUUUUGCCAAGCUCGUCGCCCCCUGACCUCUUACUCCCCUUUAAGACUGGUGGGCGUCGGUCACACAAAGCUCUCUCGUCCUCUGAAUGUUUUGCUCUCUCGUCUAGCCAAGACGUCUAGCCAAGAUGUUUAGCUAAUAUGAUUGUGUCAAAGCUAAUUCUAUUGUGGUGAACCAUUUCAUUCAUGUUAUACUGUUUUUAUUUAUUUUUCCUGUGUGUGUUUGUCUGUUUAUUUUGUUGUUAAUAUGUAUGUAUUUGCGGACCCCAUAAACGGGACUGCAAGUUGUUCCGAGUCCUUUUUACUUUGUAAUUGUCCAAGCCAAAUAAGCUGUGUUGCCUGGGCCCUAAAUGAAAAGGUCAACUGAGUUUGAGGUGACUUGGGUGCUCCAAGCUGCUGAGAUUGUCCCCUGGGCUUUUUUGUCAGCGGUCACAUGCGACAACUCCACCGCCACCCCCACACCCCAUCUCUCUUCUCUCCCCUCUCCCUCGGGUCCUUUAAAGCACAGUGAGCGUGGAAAAGCACCAAGUUCAGACUUCCAGAGAGCGGAUGGUCAGUGAAGGCCUCAAAUACCCUCAUCUUAAUUUUUGCUAUACACAGAGAUUGUUUGUUUGGGAUCUCGCUAGUACUGGUUACAAGCUGUUACAGCCCUGAAUGUUGAUGCACCGAUUUUACUUGACCUCAGGGAGGUAACAAGUUUUUUGGGAGAGUUAACAGUUACAUUUUGUUGUCGAUGUUGUUGGGCAAUUCCACACAAAACUGUCACAUCCAUAACGCCUACACAAUGCCAUGGUAUUUAGUUGGCGUUAUGGACGUGACCGUUUUGCGAGGAAUUGCCCUGUUACGUUAAUGGAGGAGUGAUGAUGGGGGCGGGGAAGAUGGCACAAUUUUUGGUCUUCACUGUCCAAACUCUCUCUCUGAGGUUUUGCCUAACGUGAAGCUGCUAGACGUGAUGGAACAGUAAAUGAUCUGCAUCCAGCAGCAAAAUAAAAGAACUGUCAGCA